UUGUGUCAAUCGAGUAGUUGUAAAUUAAAAUGGCGAACGUACGUGAUAGUGAUACUUCAUUGUGGCUACAUAAUAAGCUCGGGACUUCAAACGAUUCGUGGAUCAGUGGCUCGAUAUGUUCGCAACUCAACAAGGAAGUGUUAAGGAAUAUCAAAGAUUGCUUUCCCGAUCUACAGACGCAAGUCAAGCUGAAAUUGCUGCUGAGUUUUUUCCACAUUCCGCGCCGCCUAGUCGAGGAAUGGAAAACGGAACUGGAGGAAAUCAUCGAGGUGGCCGGCUUGGACUCGGAGUUGUGGGUGUCGAUGAUCGCCGAGACGAUGAAGACAUUUCCCGCCUCCGGGCAACUAAACACAGAAAUCACGGAUUACGAGGAGACACGGCCCAUCUUCACGGACAUGGUCACAGACCUGAAGCGAAUGGUUAGCAAACACUGCGACCUGGGGAUGCUUCCGCUGGAAUGUCAGUAUCUGAACAAGAACGCGCUGGUCUCUGUGGUGGGUCAGCAACCAAAUCCGAUAAAACAUUUCACAUUAAAAAGAAAACCGAAAAGUGCAAACUUACGCGUGGAGCUACUACAAAAAUCAGCUGAUGCCCAAUCGAGUUUAAAAAAAGCUUCUGCUCCUACAAUUCCGUUACGUUCGCGAGGUAUGCCGCGGAAAAUGACAGAUACGACACCUUUAAAAGGCAUACCGUCUAGGGUGCCAACAUCAGGGUUUCGUUCGCCAACUACAAAUCAAACUCCAAAUCGACCAAACAUGGUUCGAACUCCGGCCGGGCGUAAAGACGGAGGAAUAAAAUUAAUAGAGUUCACAGAACAACCACUGGGAUAUGCAGCUGCGAAAAAACGAAAACGACAACAAGAAUUAGAAGAGCAACAGAAGAAAGCCCUUGAGAUAAAGCAAGCGGCUGCAAAUGCUGUCCCCGUGGAAGCUGCAUCUCCAACAACAACUUCUAUAACCCCCGAUUAUGCGGCUGGGUUGACUGCAAGUUCGAUAUAUACACAGCCGCCUCCAACGCCCGCGCCAUCAAUUGUCAAAGAGGAAUUGAAUGUUAAAAUGUCUCCGCCAAGCACUGCUUCAAAUAUUGUUGGUACUUUGACGAAUAACGUGAGUCAAACUCUGUCUCAACCAAGCAUAUUAAACACAUCAACUUGUACGACCAAAAUUGAGGAUACCGCAAUAAAAUUAGAGGAUGGAAUGAUAAAGCAAGAAAUGGGGGUGAUAAAGCAAGAAAUAGGAAUGAUAAAACAAGAGCUGGUUGAACCAAAUUCGGAAAGUAUAUCAUCGCCCCUACGACCGAUGGGAUUAUCUGUAUCAAAUCAAACGCCUCCCAUAAACGGAACUAUCAUAACAACGCCUAAGUCUUCGCAAAGCCAGUUAACAUCCGAAACUGUGUCCAUUACUUUAACGCCUCCACAACAAAAGCGCAUAAUUUUGUCAAAUUCUCAACAAACACAAACGAGCACAAUCCGAAAUCUUCCAGUAACUUCGGUUCCGAAAACGAGUGGCAGUCCUAUAAUAUUAUCACAGACUAUCAUUCAACCAGCAAAAACAGUAACUAAGGUGGAGUCACCAACACAAAUAAAGGUAACAUCGCCUACGAUACCGGUCGUGUCCUCCAGCAUGCAAUCCACAACACCUCCACGGCAGCCUACCCAAAUAAUACUAACAUCAAACACUACCACGAUUCCUUCACUUACGUCGUUCACCCAGACGCGUCCACUUCAAACAAUUGUACAAACGCAGGGGGUUCCAUCUCAAGUUAACCAACAACCAACGAAAAUCGUUCUCAAACAAUCUCAGGGGAUUCCAGUUAUGGUAGGAAACACGUCUAGAGCGACAAAUGUGCAAAGCCAGCCUCCUCCUUUGAUUGCUACGCAACAGCCAUCGCUUCUCAAUGUGAAUUUGCCGAAUAGGGCGGUCACUAUUCAACCUGCUUCACAAGCGGCUCAAGCGCAGCAUAUUCAAGCCCAACUGCAGCAGCAGCAACAACAGCAAAGUCAACAACAACAAUUCCAACCACAGCAAAUUCAAACUCAUACGGUGGUUUCGAAUUCAAAUGCCACGCAGUCUCCCAAAUUUGCUCAGGUUGUGAUGUCACCCGGCAUGAAUGUGAAAGGCAAAACAAUUAUCUUGGCGCAGAAGGGUGUGAUUCUGCGAAGUGUCGGAGGUGAUGUGUAUCAACAAAUACCCCUGGGAAAUGUGCAAGGCUUGAGUAACUUGGGAGGUGCCACGAUUGUGACGACAGGACCUCAGGGAGGACUGGUGAAAUCGCCAACGCAAACGGUCGUCCCACAAAAUACGAUUAAACAAAACAGCACGACCCAGCAGCUUCCAGCCCUUAUUCCAACGAAUAAUCUUACGCAGAGCGUUAAUGUGCCAGUAGUAAUUGCAUCGCAUAAUCUACAGCAACAGCAGCCGCAAACGCAGACAGUACAAACGAUUUUAAGUCCACAACAACAAACUAUAAUUCGGCCUGUGUUGACAACAAAUGUGCAAAGCGGAUUAACAACGCUCCCGCAAGGUCUAACUCUGCUCCAUCGGCCUGGUCAGCAGCCACAGCUAGUGCAAGUGCAAAACAGUCAACCAGUUGUCCAGCAACAGCAACCAAUACAACGAACGAUUAUUUCACAACCGCGGCCUCAAGCCCAAAUAAGGCCACAACGAAUUAUCAUCCAGCAGCAACAAGAUCGGCAGACAAUUAUAACGCAGCAACAGCAGCUCCAGGAGCAGCAACAACAACAAACCCAACACCAGCAGCAACAGCAAACGCAGAUACAAGUGUCUCAAUCGCAGUCCCAGCAGCAGCAGCCUCAAAGGAAGGGGUUGUCUUUGUCGAAUGAACAUGUGAUCAAAGCGCAUGAAAUGUUCCGGAAAGCAAACAGAGUCAACCGUCCCGACAAGGCUCUUAUAUUGGGCUUUAUGGCAGGCUUGAGGGAAAAUCCGCGUCCAAAUCCAGAAAAUGUGAUCGUUAUUAAGUUAGGAGAGACAGAGGAACACGUUAAACAAGAAGACAACAGUUCAGCAUUAAUGUUAGUAGAGUCGCUUAUCCGAUUGGACUACAAUACCGGCGAAUGGAAAACAUUCCAGAAUUACAGGCGCUUAGACCAGUCAUCGCAGACAACGCAACAAUCAAAUCAAGACUCAAAUUUAACGCAAACGCAGAACUCGGUGGUAAUAUAGAGUUUGGCUAUUUCAUAACUGAACUAUUCGUUGUUAUAUGAGCAUACACACAUACAUUUGUUAGGAGAGCGUAUGCUACCCCUUAUGUUCUUGGAUUGUCGCCGCAUCAUACACUCACUGAUAAAAAAGAGGAAGAGGAAUAUAAAAACAAUCUAGUUAUCGACUAUGAGUUUAAAUUCUAUGAAAUUAGAUAGGCAAUUAAAAAAUGAAAAAGAUAUAAAAAUUUAAAUGUUUAAUAAACCAUUAUAACUAACUGUAUAGAUUAUAUAGCUAUAAAUAGAAAUAAAA